CAGGCGCAGUGAGUCGUGCUGUUUGUGCGGAUAAGCUGAAAAGGGGGGAAGGAAGAAGGACAGGAUAAAUCGUGAAAGAGAGAAAUCAAGAUAAUUCUACCUGCAAAUACAGUCUAAAAACCCGGGACUAUUAUUAAAAGCACGAACAGAAACACGAUGGCCGAACCGGAUAAGCUGAACAUCGACUCGAUCAUUCAGAGAUUGCUGGAAGUUAAAGGCUCCCGCCCUGGAAAGAAUGUUCAGCUCACGGAGAACGAGAUUCGCGGGCUCUGUCUGAAAUCCCGUGAGAUCUUCCUUAGCCAACCAAUCCUGUUGGAGCUCGAGGCGCCACUCAAAAUCUGUGGGGAUGUUCACGGGCAGUACUAUGAUCUCCUGCGUCUGUUCGAGUACGGCGGCUUCCCCCCCGAGAGUAACUACCUGUUCCUGGGGGAUUACGUGGAUCGGGGGAAGCAGUCCCUUGAAACCAUCUGCCUCCUGCUGGCCUACAAGGUGAAGUACCCAGAGAACUUCUUCCUGCUGCGCGGAAACCACGAGUGCGCCUCGAUAAACCGGAUCUACGGCUUCUACGACGAGUGUAAGAGGCGGUACAACAUCAAACUGUGGAAGACCUUCACGGACUGCUUCAACUGCCUGCCCGUUGCAGCCAUCGUCGACGAGAAGAUCUUCUGCUGCCAUGGGGGCCUCUCUCCUGAUCUCCAGUCCAUGGAGCAGGUCCGAAGGGUAAUGCGCCCCACUGACGUCCCGGAUCAGGGGCUCCUGUGUGACCUGCUGUGGGCCGACCCCGAUAAAGACGUCCUGGGCUGGGGGGAAAACGACCGGGGCGUCUCCUUCACGUUCGGGGCGGAUGUCGUGGCCAAAUUCUUGCACAAGCACGACAUGGAUCUGAUCUGCAGAGCGCACCAGGUAGUGGAGGAUGGGUACGAGUUUUUUGCCAAGAGGCAGCUGGUCACUCUGUUCUCAGCUCCCAAUUACUGUGGGGAAUUUGAUAACGCUGGCGCCAUGAUGAGUGUCGACGAGACCCUCAUGUGUUCAUUCCAGAUUCUCAAGCCCGCUGAUAAGAAGCUCUUCUCGUAUGGAGGAGGGGGGGUGGGCUCAGGGAGGCCGGUGACUCCACCCAGAAAUUCAGCAAAAUCGAAACCCAAAAAAUAACCCCAACUCUCACUCAGACCCACCAUACAACAAAACAAACUGGCAUGGCAACCAAGACCACGCAGGGAGGCCGGGCCUGGGACCCCACCCCCCCCCCUCCAGCCACUCUGCUGAUUGGAUAAUGCUGAAUGCAUCACCACUAACCAAUCAGAGACUUUGGUAGCUGCUGUUGCCGGGUAGAAAACUUUUUUCAAUUUUAUUUUUCCCCCCUCUCCUCCUCUCUCUUACCAAUCAGACAUGCUCUUUUGUCAUUGUUGCUGGGUAGAAAAUGAAUUAAUGUUUCUGCCACCCAAAAAGCACCCCAAUUGAAGAGCUGCUGUUGCCGGGUAGAAAACAUCAACUUUUUAUUAUUUUCAUUUUUAUUUUAUUUUAUUUGUAUUAAUUCCACUGAACCAAUCCAAGAGCUGCUCUCUGCUGUUGCUGGGUAGAACAAAUCCAACCAAACCACCAAUAGCAGUGCAGUGAUGUCUUGAGCACCUCAGGUUUCAAAUACUGUAAAAAUAAUGAGAAAAAAAAAAAAUAAAUCAAUUUUUUUAAAGCAUGGACGUUGUGAAUUAAGUAGCUGCUGAUAAGUCUUCAGUGAGAUUGUGUGCUAUUUUCUCUUUCAUUUUUUUUUUUUAAAGAUGUUUUGUCCUUAGUACGACUAAAAAAUAAAGUAAAACUUAAAACACACUUUUCUAUAUUUCUUUUGCAAGUCAUCUCUCUUGAAAAACAUAUUGGACGUAGAAGGGUUUUAUAAUUUAACAAGCAGCUGCUCCAAACUGUUGGAGUAGGAUUUGAAGAUGUAAUUCCAACCUCCAUGUAUUGUAGCAAGUCAGAUCCAGUCUGGUCUGUUCUGGUCCAUUCCUUUCUAUUCCAGUCUGGUCUGUUCUGGUCCAUUCCUUUCAAGUCUGGUCCAUUCCAUUCCAAUGUUCUGUUGGGCUCAGAGUGGCACACAUGAAGUGGUGAGCAGGGUCAGGUCACUUCCUGUAUUUCAAUUCAAGUUCUUUUUUUUAAAUCAAUUCCUGUCCCCUUUAAUCAGUUCUAACACAUUUACUGAUACCGGUUUCAAACGAAGGUAGUUGAACAAUUGCAACAAUUCUGUCUCGAAUGUCAAUAUCGAUUCCGAAUGGAAUUGGAAAUGAGAAAUGAAUGAGCCCAAUGCUGGUAGCAGUAGCAAGGUGAGUCUCUCCCAUUCAAUCGGGCACGGUGUGUCACGUAGGUCAGGGCGAGGAGGCUUCAGUCUGCGCAGGGCAGGGCGAGGAGGCUUCAGUCUGCGCAGGGCAGGGCGAGGAGGCUUCAGUCUGCGCAGGGCAGGGCGAGGAGGCUUCAGUCCGGCUUCAAAACUAUUUUAACCCUUUAAGUGCCAUCGUCCUCAUUUCUGGACAGGCUGCUUUUGUAAUUGUUUUUAACUGGCACGAUCUACCAGUUACUUUAAUUUGGUAACUUACUCUAAAUUUGUCAAAUACAAAAGUUAACUUAAUUCAGCAAAUGCAGCCCUUCAGAUGCUUUUGUGACUCCUCAAUGUAAAAUAAGAAACUGAAGCCUAUGAAUGAUCCAUUUCUUGGUGUUUCUUCCUCCCCACUGUGAUGAUAAAGCGGCUCCUUUUUCUCUGUUGAGCUUCACAGCCGGUGUGAAAUCUCACUGCUGUGGUUACAGGAACACGUCUCACUGGACUGGGACGCUGGGAAUGUGCUAUAAAUGUCAUUUUACAUUCUCUAAAAAACUUAACUUGAAACUCUAGAAUGGUAGCAUAGUGAUUUUAGAAAGUAUCAAAUUACAUCAGUGCAUGUUAUUAUCCAGUCGGCAGUUUGAUGUGAUUUAAAAAUAAAUUCAUUAUUUAAAUGUUUUAAUGGAAGUGAAUUGGAUUGAGUAGACUGGUACCUGCUUUGUGAAAGCCUUAAGCCCCUUUCACACUGGCACUCCUCCCUGGACCUGGGUCCUGGCUACCCGGGUAGCAGUCCUGCAUAGUGCGGAACCACGUACCUGGGUUAGCCUGGGUCCCAGCGACCCACUUCAGGAUGUGGGUUGACACGCUUUGACCCUCGUUGAGAGAGACAAAAUGCAGGACUGCCGUUUUUGUGAGGCGACGCUGUAAUAAACAGCCACGCCUGGGUGAAGGCUUUUGCUUCUGCAAGGGACAUUUCAGUUUAUUCUGUUUAGAUGUGUUUUUGUUGAUUUGAGGCACACCAUUAGCCAUAUUGCAGCAGGGAUGAAGAAAGCUUGAGUAGCUUGAAUGAAAGCGUCGGUAACAGCUGCUUCUGGGGCAUUGUGCACCUGCGUUUGUCAGUCAGGUCAACCCUGCUUUAUCAAAAGCAGUGUGAAAUUGCAUACCCGACCUGCGUGACACUGGGUCCUGACCUGGAUAGGUUCUGAUUUGGGUAGAGUAUGCCAGUGCGAGAGGGGAGGUGGAACGGUUCUGCGUGCUGCUUGGCUGCUGUCUCUCCCCCAGUCCUCAGUCACAUUGAUAAGCUAUGUUAUAGAUGCAUGAAGACCAAGGUUGGAUUCAUAACUGUUUUUCAGUUACAAGUCCAUGGAAGGAAUUGGAAUUGAUGUUUUAGAGACGUUAUACGCGUGAUUCAACGUGUUCACUUGAAACCGUUUAAUCAUUGACAGACAGCGGCUUCACUUGCAGUCCUUUGUUGCUGCUUGUUUUAACAGCAUUUGUGUUGGAAUUGAUUUAAAAGGAAGUUGGGUUGAAAUUGGGAGCGAUCCUGGAGUUCUUUUAAAUGCAUCAACUAAACAUCGGCUUCCCUUGGAGUAAUUUGUUGCCACUGUGAGAAGCUUCUUUUAAUAGAAAACUACCAGUUUAAAAUGUCAGGAAAAGGAGAAAGAAUAAUGCUAUUUUUAACAGGUUAUGUGUACAGAUCUGUGAGAGUCUUUGUGAAAAAAAAAAAAAAAACCUUUGUAACGAUAAUAAACUUGUAAAUGGAAAUUGAAAAUGUG